AUGAAAAACAAUAAAAGUUUAUUGAUUUCAUAUUUAGAUUUGUCUAUAUCAGAAGUGGAUGAAAAACAUCCUAAAUUUGAUGAAGGUGGUAACCAGAUGGAUGAUUGUCACAGUCAGACAGACAUGAGACCACAUUUAGAUGGGAAUCAGAUGGAUGAUUGUCACAGUCAGACAGACAUGAGACCACAUUUAGAUGGGAAUCAGAUGGAUGAUUGUCACAGUCAGACAGACAUGAGACCACAUUUAGAUGGGAAUCAGAUGGAUGAUUGUCACAGUCAGACAGACAUGAGACCACAUUUAGAUGGGAAUCAGAUGGAUGAUUGUCACAGUCAGACAGACAUGAGACCACAUCUAGAUGGGAAUCAGAUGGAUGAUUGUCACAGUCAGACAGACAUGAUACCACAUUUAGAUGGGAAUCAGAUGGAUGAUUGUCACAGUCAGACAGACAUAAGACCACAUUUAGAUGGGAAUCAGAUGGAUGAUUGUCACAGUCAGACAGACAUGAGACCACAUUUAGAUGGGAAUCAGAUGGAUGAUUGUCACAGUCAGACAGACAUAAGACCACAUUUAGAUGGGAAUCAGAUGGAUGAUUGUCACAGUCAAACAGACAUGAGACCACAUUUAGAUGGUAGUCAGAUGGAUGAUUGUCACAGUCAGACAGACAUAAGACCACAUUUAGAUGGGAAUCAGAUGGAUGAUUGUCACAGUCAGACAGACAUGAGACCACAUUUAGAUGGGAAUCAGAUGGAUGAUUGUCACAGUCAGACAGACAUGAGACCACAUUUAGAUGGGAAUCAGAUGGAUGAUUGUCACAGUCAAACAGACAUGAGACCACAUUUAGAUGGUAGUCAGAUGGAUGAUUGUCACAGUCAGACAGACAUGAGACCACAUUUAGAUGGGAAUCAGAUGGAUGAUUGUCACAGUCAAACAGACAUGAGACCACAUUUAGAUGGUAGUCAGAUGGAUGAUUGUCACAGUCAGACAGACAUGAGACCACAUUUAGAUGGGAAUCAGAUGGAUGAUUGUCACAGUCAGACAGACAUGAGACCACAUUUAGAUGGGAAUCAGAUGGAUGAUUGUCACAGUCAGACAGACAUGAGACCACAUCUAGAUGGGAAUCAGAUGGAUGAUUGUAACAGUCAGACAGACAUGAGACCACAUUUAGAUGGGAAUCAGAUGGAUGAUUGUCACAGUCAAACAGACAUGAGACCACAUUUAGAUGGUAGUCAGAUGGAUGAUUGUCACAGUCAGACAGACAUAAGACCACAUUUAGAUGGGAAUCAGAUGGAUGAUUGUCACAGUCAGACAGACAUGAUACCACAUUUAGAUGGGAAUCAGAUGGAUGAUUGUCACAUCAGACAGACAUAA